CUCAGUGGUGGCAUAAGAAGUCAAAACUAGGUCUUAAUCCUUAAGACAGGUCCAUCUCUAUCUGAAAGCCGAAACUGCAGCUGCCCUGCCCCCUCAGACAGGUAAAAUGCAAGGAGCAUUUAAAGCUUUUUCAUCACAUGGAAACGUUGUGAAGAAUGGAGUUUUGCGACACAUCCGUCUUGUGAAUCCCCUAAUUCAGCCUGUUGCGUUUUCACGCUUUGAGUCUGCUACGCCUGCUCGCAUAGAAGAGCAUGGUUUUGAAAGCACCAGAAUUGCAGACAUCUUGAAGGGGAAAGGUAAAGGUGCUGACGGUUCCUGGCUCUGGUGCACUACAGAUGACUCUGUUUAUGAUGCUGUUAAGUCGAUGACCCAGCACAACGUUGGAGCCUUGGUGGUUGUGAAACCUGGAGAGCAAAAUUCUAUCGCAGGAAUCAUAACAGAGAGAGAUUAUCUCAGGAAGAUCAUAGUGCAGGGAAGAUCAUCCAAGUCAACAAAGGUCGGGGAUAUUAUGACUGAGGAGAACAAGCUUAUCACUGUCACCCCUGACACCAAAGUUCUACGGGCAAUGCAACUGAUGACAGAUAACCGAAUCAGGCACAUUCCAGUAAUAGAUGACAGGGGAAUGAUUGGAAUGGUGUCCAUUGGCGAUGUGGUUCGUGCUGUGGUGAGUGAGCACCGGGAGGAGCUAGACCGCUUGAAUGCUUAUAUUCAAGGAGGUUACUAGAUGAUGAUGACGAAGACGAUGAGAUGCUGUUUAGUUGACAUCCCGGAAUGACCAACAGUAAUAAACCUGAAUGCUUGUAUAUAUGGUGUGUUGUUUGUGCAUCUCCGGUUGUUUGGUUCUGUAUUUCCCAAUGUCUAAUUACAAA